AUAAGUCUUUUGCUGAUUUAUUUGUCACAAUGAGUUGCUUAUCAGUGUAGCUGUAGUACUUUCAGUUUUGGAUGCAUUUUCUUACUAUGCGAUUAACGCCCCCUCCGCCCAAACAGAGAGACAUCCGACCUACGCCUAUAGCGCUUUACACAUACAUAUAAAGUUUUGCCAAACGUACAUCAAGUCGGAAUAAGCUCAAGCAGGGAUGGCAGGCGAUUGAUUUUAUAUUCGUGAUUUUUGCUUGUAUGUAUCACUUGAGUUAAUAUACAUGUACUAAGAGAAAUCUGGAAGGAAAACUUUCGAUAUAACCAAGUAGUGGGAAUAACUCUUAAUAAUUCUUCCGGGUGCGCAUUUGUCAUCGUCUUAAGUUACGGGAUCCAUACAGUCGAAGGAAGAAAAAAUGAUGAACGACAUUAAGUUAGAAGCCAUAGGAACGAGCGCUUCCCUGGAGAAUAAUAACACGCUAACAGAAAGUGGGGCCAAGGAACAGGAAAAUGGAGACGGGUUCGGUCAGGACACGCAUGACAUCCCCGAGGAAAUGGAUUUGCUGGAUACCUGUAAUGGACCUCAGACUGCGGGGGACGUCGGCAGGCGUGGUACUGCUGCAGCAAAGAGACAGCCAGCCAAGUGCCCAGGGAAUGAACUCAACAGAAUAGUCGUCUGGAAACUCAAGCUCUGGAUGAUCAUACUGACCAUUUUUCUGUUAAUCUUCUUCGUCAUCGUGUUGUCCAUAGUCCUCUGUUCAGUGGUAUAUGAAGAUGAGGAUGAAAAGUUUGACCGAGGAUCAUUUGUGGUCCCGCGCCUUUACAAUGGCACCUUCAGACUUAUAAACCAGAACUACACUGCAGAUCUGCGCUUAAUGAAGUCCCCACAGAGCCUAGAGCUUUCAAGUCAUCUCCAGAAAAAGCUGUAUGAUGUCUACACGUCCUCCCCGGCCCUGGGCCGCUACAUCUCCAGUGUGGGUGUGACGAGCUUCAGCAACGGCAGCAUCACGGUGCACUUCUGGUUGAUGUUCCACAUGCCCCAGGAUCAUACUGAGCUGGUCCAGCACACGCUGAGCAGGUCUAUGGUGCACAGUGUGCUUCGGCAGAGCCUGUAUGAGCAGGAGAUCGAGCCCUGGGAACCACUGUACAUCGACCCUGCCAGUUCACUCAUGGCGGUCGGGAAUACCACAUCGAGCGGCCAGUCGAAUCACUUUGCGUCUUAAAGCUACAGAACUGGGAAGUUCACAUAUAGAACCAAGUAUAAGAAAGACCCCUAUGAAGAUCUGAAGCGAAAGCAAAGAGUUGGAAACCAGCGGCUCCCAGUUUACACUAAUAUCUGUGAGCAAAAUGAAGUGCCGGUCGGGAAACUUAUAGGAAUCGUUUUCACAGAAUUCGCACAGACUGGUCGUCAAUUUCACACUGCGGAGUCAAAACGCCUGAGCAGAGAAUGAAAUGAAGAGGCUGCUCUAAGGAGCAGGGUCUAGAUCUCCUUUACUACUGUGUGUAUGCAGGGCAUAAAUAGGAUCUGCCAGCAUUUACUGAGGCAGCUUGUGAAUAUGGGGACAUGUAAAUGACUGUCAUUUGCUGAUAAGGUGCAAUUGGGGGGCCAUAAAUGGUGCUCUUUGGCUUUCAUAAAAAGAAUAUAGUAUAAUAUACAGUAUGUAUGAAAAGAUGGGAAAUUUGAAACUACAGUGACUAAAGUUAUUCUUCUUAUAAUUUUUGAAAUAAAGUUUGUUACUACUAAACACA